AUUACGGUGGUUGGGAAAGCCGGGCUGUCCUGAGUGGGAGUGGCACCGAGCUGCAGGGUAUCCUAUAAAGAAUAUAUUUAACAUGACCACACCAAACAAGACACCUCCUGGUGCUGACCCUAAGCAGCUGGAGAGGACUGGAACAGUACGGGAAAUUGGGUCACAAGCUGUUUGGUCACUCUCAUCGUGCAAACCAGGAUUUGGAGUGGAUCAGUUACGAGAUGACAAUCUCGAAACUUAUUGGCAAUCAGAUGGUUCCCAGCCUCAUUUAGUAAACAUCCAAUUCAGAAGAAAAACAACAGUGAAGACAUUAUGUAUUUAUGCAGACUACAAAUCUGAUGAAAGCUAUACUCCAAGCAAGAUCUCAGUCAGAGUAGGAAAUAAUUUUCACAAUCUUCAAGAAAUUCGGCAACUUGAAUUGGUGGAACCAAGUGGCUGGAUUCACGUUCCCUUAACUGAUAAUCAUAAGAAGCCCACUCGCACAUUCAUGAUACAGAUUGCUGUUCUAGCCAAUCACCAAAAUGGAAGAGACACCCACAUGAGACAAAUUAAAAUAUACACACCAGUGGAAGAGAGCUCCAUUGGCAAAUUUCCUCGAUGUACAACUAUUGAUUUCAUGAUGUAUCGUUCAAUAAGGUGACCUUAACACAGAACAGGAGUCAUUAAACAUAUCUUUGUUUUAUCUUAUCAGUAACUAUUAUAUCUGGAAUCUUUAUUGAAAAAACAUGUUAUUUUGCAAUCUUGUAUGCAUUGAAGAGUAUUUUAUUGUAACUUUAAUAUGUUUUGGGUCAUAGUAUUUUUAUUUUCUUUAACAUAUAAUAAAGCUCAUAUAUUUUACAUUAUUAAUAAAGGAUUUGAACCCCAUCAUUAAAUUUUUCAUUAUAUCAAAAGAAAACAAUUCAACUGAGUAUUUUAAGAGAUAACAUCAUUUUUACUAACCAAGUGAUUAUUUCAUACAGUGAUCAUGCAUUAGAGUAAUGAUUUAUUGCAUGUUUGGGAACAAUACUAUGUUUUAUCAGUAGAUACUAUCUUUAAUAGUACAAAAUUAUUAUUUUUUCUCUAGAGGAAACUUAUUCUUUUAAUACUGGGUCUUUUAAAAAACAGUGUCAAAAGUGGCUUAGCAUUAGAUAUCUGAUGAGAACCAUUCUGAUUUGGGGAAUAGAGUUAAUUGUAUCAUAAUUACUUCCAUGAAAUAGUUUUAAUCCCAGGGUUCUCUGUAUCCUAAUGUUGUGUCAGAGAUUGCCAGUAUCAUCUGAUAUUUAUUCUAAUGCUAGUGCUGCUUAUAGAAGCGUUUAUUUCAAAUUUGUGUCUGACAUAGAAGCAUUUUUUGAGGGAUAAUAUGUCUCAUAAAAAUUUUAAAAAUGUAUGACAUUGUUCUUUGUAUAUAAAAAUAUUUUAAA